GCAGGAGUUAACCACUUGGCAAGCAUAGGAACCAACAGCAUGGCCAAGAUCCUGCAGAUGGCGGUUAUGCUGGGCAGCUCCAAGCUCGGCCACGGCGCCUUCGGAUUCGACGAGCGGUCGGACUCGUCACCCGUGCCCCAGAUGAAGCGGGAGCUGCCCACUCGCAAGAUGUGCCUAGAGGCCUUCAAGCGCACCCACUACGACAUCCUCAUCAUUGGCGGCGGGGCAGUGGGCUCAGGUUGUGCUCUGGAUGCAGCCACACGUGGUUUGAAGACGGCCCUGGUCGAGGCGAACGACUUUGGCAGCGGCACCUCGUCCAAGUCGAGCAAGCAUGGCGGCACUGUGCAUGGCGGCCUGAGGGACCUGGAGCGGGCCGUCUCCCGGUUGGACGUCGCGGCUUUUCGGAGGGUUCGCUGCUCCUUGCGUGAGCGCAGACACAUCAGCAAUCUAGCGCCGCAUCUCAGCCAGCCGGUGCCCAUCCUGCUGCCGGUUCACCACUGGUGGGAGGCCCCGCUGUACUACCUAAAGCUCAGGAUGUACCAUCUGAUGGCGCCCAAGGGCACAAAGAGCUUCCAGUACCUGAGUGCCGACGACGCGCUGCAGGUGUUUCCCAUGCUGCGGCGAGAGGAGCUCUUCGGUGCCUUCGUCUUCUACGAGGGUCAGCACGACGAUGCGCGGAUGUGCCUCUCGGUGGCCCUGACAGCGGCUCGCUACGGAGCGGACAUCUGCAACCACAUGAAGGUGGUGCGGCUGAUCAAGAACAAGGAUGGCAAUGUGGCGGGCGCCGAGGCGGUCGACCAGCUGACGGGGAAGAAGUAUAGCAUCCGGGCGAAGGUGGUGGUCAACGCCACCGGGCACAUGAGCGACAGCGUGCGACGGAUGGAGGACUCGGAGGCCAAGCCGCUCUGCACGCGCAGCUGGUCCUCGAUCCUCGUCCUGCCGCGUUUCUAUUGCCCGGAGGAAGUGGGCGUCUUCGAUCCGCACACGCCCAGCGGGCGAUCCAUCUUCUUUCUGCCCUGGCAGGGUCACACGCUGGUGGGAUCCAGUGACGAAUCAGAAAAUCAGCUGGGACAGGACACCCAGCCUUCGGAGACGGAUAUCCAGUCUCUUUUGGAUGGCGUCAAGCUCUUCUUUUCGCCCAACUUUGAUGUUCGGAGGUGCGAUGUGCUGGCCGUUUGGGGCGGCUUCAAGCCCUCGAAAGCGGACUUCCUGGACCCCACUCCGCUUAAGAGUCAUGUAAUCCAACUUGGACCCAGGAACAUGCUGUCGAUUGUGGGCACCUCCUGGUCUUCCUUUCGGGCUUUGGCCGAGAAGACAGUUAAUACAGCCAUCCGCUUGGGAGAUCUUUCGCCGCUACGAACGGAUUCGGUGACGGCCGCGUCCUGUAAACUGGACGGAGCGAGUGGCUGGAGCCCGAAGAUGUUCAUCCGGCUGGUGCAGGACUUCGGCAUGGAGCCGGAUGUGGCCGAGCACCUGUCCAACACGUACGGAUCAAAUGCCUUCAAGGUGGCCGUGAGUGCGAACAGCAGCGGGAUGGCCUGGCCCAUUGUGGGCAAGCGAUUGCACUCGGAGUUUCCGUACAUCGAGGCGGAAGUGAAGCAGGGCGUCCGGGACUUUGCCUGCACGCUGGAGGACAUGGUGGCUCGGAGGUUAAGAGUAGCCUUUUUGAAUGUUCAGGUGGCCGAGGAGAUACUACCUCAGGUGGCCAACAUCAUGGCCAAGGAGUUAAGGUGGACGCGGGAGCAAACGAAGAUGCAGAUUCGCGAGACACGCGCCUUCCUCAACACCCAGAUGGGCCAGCUGACCAAAGAGAACGCCUCGCGUAUGAACAUCCCCAUCAAGAUGUCCGUAGGGCAGGUGCGAAAGUUCGCUACGCAGUUCAGACAGCUGGAUGAGAACAGAACGGGCUAUGUGUCCGUCGCAGAAUGCUGCAAAGCCAUGAAAACAAUGGGUGUUAAGGAGGUGCCCGUCGACUUGAUGCACAACGUCCUCCGGGACAUCGAUGUCCAUGCCCAGGGUAAGGUCAAUCUGUACGAGUUUUUGCUGCUCAUGUCCGCCAUAGUCCAGGGCGACACCGAGUACCUGCGUUACGCCCGCUUGUACCUGGAUCACAAGAAACAGAUGCACAGCAGCGAUUAUCCUACCCUGAUGAAUAUGGAACAGACCGGCAGCGGUCUGUAAAGUGUUUCCUUCAUUGUCGCCCUCUCCCCUUUUACAAUUAGGAAUGCGUUAACUGUUUCCACAUUGCAA